UUUAGUUUAUGGUGAAACCGCUGCUUGACAGCUGUGUUGAAAAAAAUCGGAAUUAUGAAGUAGGAUAUUUUCUAAUUUAUUGUGUUUAAAUGACAGUGGGAAAAGAAACAAUGGGAGAGCAGCCGAUUUUCACGUGCAAGGCGCACGUGUUUCACAUAGACCCCAAGACGAAGCGCUCGUGGAUGUCAGCUAGUUCGGCUGCGGUGUCGGUGUCCUUCUUCUACGACUCCUCGCGCAACCUGUACCGCAUCAUCAGCGUCGAAGGCACCAAGGCGGUAAUAAACAGCACCAUAACGGCGAACAUGACGUUCACGAAGACAUCACAGAAGUUCGGGCAGUGGAGCGACGUGCGCGCCAACACUGUUUACGGGCUGGGCUUCGCUUCCGAAGCAGAACUGGGAAAGUUCAUCGAGAAGUUCCAAGAAGUAAAGGAGGCUAUACAGGCGCAGCAGUGCGGCGCGACGGCUAAAACGACCAACGGUUCGGGCGCCGCCACGCCCGUCGCCUCCGCCACGGCCAGUCCCUUGCUAGCAGCCAGGGCGCCCGCGGGGGACGAGCCCCCAGCCCUGUCGCCCGCGCAGGUACCGAAACCAGCGGAAAACGACGAAAUGAUGGUGCACCAACGAGCACAUUCUGUUUCGUCCACACUUCAGGGAGGCUACGCCACGGUGGGUCGCGCGCCGCGAGGCCCGCUGGCGUCGGCCGGCGCGCCGCCCGACACCUCCAAUGCGGACUCCACAGAGCAGCAGCUGCGGUACGAGAACGACCGCCUCAAGCUAGCGCUCGCGCAGAGUUCAGCAAACGCCAAGAAAUGGGAAGUAGAGCUGGCAACACUAAAGAGUAACAAUUUACGACUGACAGCCGCGCUGCAAGAGAGCACCGCGAAUGUGGACGAGUGGAAGCGACAGUUGCACCAAUACAGGGAAGAAGUGGCCCGCGCCAGACACUACGCUACGGGGAAAGGCGGCGACGCUAACGAAGUAGAGCAGCUGCGGCAGCGCGUCGCGCAGCUGGAAGCGGAACUGACGCAGAAGAACGAAGAGUUAGCCCAAAUCACCAAGUCGAAAAAAAGUGAACAGGAUGCGGAAGCCAAGCUAGCGCAAAGUCAGCUCGAGCUCGCGCUGGCGGCGCAGGACGGGCAGCGGCAAGUCAUCCAGGCGCUCAACGACCAGCUGUCCCGGCAAAUCGACGAGCUGUCGACCAUCCACCGCGAGAUCAACACUGCGCUGCAGACAUGAGUGGCGGCCGCGCCGCCCGCGCGCCGCCUGCCGCUGCUGCUGCGCGAGCGCUGAGCGCGCGUCCCCUCCCCCGCCCGCACGCCGCCGCCGCGCCCCGCGGGCUCGUGCGACCUGUGCUACUACUUCGAGCUGGUGAUUAACUUUAUGUGCCACCUCUACACCAUUCACUCUUACAAUUUGUGAUUUUGUUGUUUGCAUUCAAUAGUGAGGCAACAUAGGGCCCGCUCAGCACAACGUGAGCACUCACAUUGACGUGCGAUGACGAGCUUCGUCUCAGAGUGAGAUCUAUAGAGCGUACUCUGACUUUGCUUAGACUUAAAACCGAGUUAAAACGAGACAGAUGUAUAUCUCUGACAUAAAUCUGUCUCGUUUUAGCUCAAUCUUAAGCCUGAGCAACGUCAAAGAGCGCUCCAUAAAUCUCACCCUAAGCUCAGCUGGCAUUUGGCUGACUUAGAUUUAUAAAGAGUUUGACUUUGCUCAGACUUAAGUUGAAAAGUGAGACAAACCAGAUUUAUGCCAGCGAUAUAAUGCUGUCUCGUUUUGACAGUGUCUUAAGUCUGAGCAAAGUCAAAUUAAGCUCUAUGGAUCUCAAUUUUAGACUGAUCUUGCCGUCGCACGCGUCUAUUUAUGUUGAGACUGAUAUUAACUAGCAAGUGCAACGCGUGUUUGUCAUCUCUACAACUUACAGUCACAAUUUGUGUUUUUUUUUCUUUCUAUUAAGUAUGUUUUUUUUUGCAUAAAAUAAAACGGGAUUAUUAGGAUCCCCCUUUCCGAAUGACCUUUUUUGUACCCACACAUAGACGUGCGACGGUGAGCUCGGACUGCUGACAGCAUUUGGCUGACUUAGGCUGAGAUCUAUAAAGUGCACUUUGAUUUUGCUCAAAUUAAAGACACUGUUAAAACAAGACAAUGUUAUAUUGCUGGCAUAAAUCUGUCUCGUUUUAACUGAAACAUAAGUCUAAGAAAAGUUAACUUACACACUAUAGAUCUCAGCCUUAGAGUUAAAACGAGACAGACAUACUUGUAUGUUAUACACAUCUCUGUCUCGUUUUUACUCUAAGCAAAGUCUGAGCAAAAUUAAAGUAUAUUUUAUAGACCUUAGCUCUAGACCUCGCCUUUGCACACAUAAACAGUACUCGGUAGGAAUUUGCAUAUUGAACUGUAGAAAGAGAUAACGGUUCAGUAGAGCGUUGUCUCUGUCGCCGAGACCGACGAAACGUCACAUAGGUAUGAGUGACAGAGACGGCGCUUUAUGAAGCAGAUACCUCUUUCUAAAGCUCCAUAAUAAUAUUUCCUGUAAGAUACUGUACGUACUUGUCUGUGUUAGUGCGAAACAAAACGUUGAUUAGUUUAAUCCUCGGAUCAAAAUUCAAUUGAUUGAUUUGGUCGAUAUUAAAGAAAUGAUGUGCGACCGCCCUAAUCUCUACAAUCUACAUUGAUAAACAAUUAAUUUCUGAAUAGGUCUCCAAGACAGUUAUAUCUCGAAUAUUUCAGUAUUGAUUUUGCUAAAAUUAUUUUACUAUAAGAAUAUUAAAUUAAAUAAAUUGAAAUUAAAUACUAUUUUGUUUUAAUAAUUGUAUGGAUUUACGUUGUGAAGCAAAAAAUGAUUUUAAAACUAAAUAAAUAAACAGUACGUAAUCAUAACAAAUUAUGUGAAACAAAGUAAAACAAUAAUUUCAUUGUUAAAUCAUAUAAUUUGGUGCUACAUCAUAUUAAUAUUAUUUUUGAUUUGUUUGAUUUUUUCAAAUUAGAACUGAAUCGAAAUAACGCAUUGUCUAUCAAUAAUGAAUUGAUAGAUAAGAUUGGUUUUAGGGGUCCUUGUCUUACAUCAAAGUGCUUCGCAUAUUUGGUUCUGUUUUGGUGUUGAUUAGGUUGUAUACAAUCUGUAUUUUGUUAAUAAUGAUUAAAAUUUGAUACUGUCAGACACUUCCUAUCGGCGGCAAUUUCCGCCAGGCGUCUUAAAGCUCUAAAAAAAAAACAUAUGUUUAUAGUCUAAGUCAUAAUUUUUUUAAUUACGAAAAGGAAGGAAUCAUACGUUAAAAUCAGCACUCACCUUUUUACUGAGUACCUUUAGAUAUAUUUGGGUUGGGGGUUAAAAAGCCGUGUUCAUCCUAUUGCGCCGGGAACAUUUUUAUAGAGAUAGUACUAUUUAAAUAUGCCUGUUGAUUUAGUUUAAAGAUUGUAUACAACCAAAUUGCAACAGAAUAGGAUUACUAUGUAUUGAAAUUAAAUACGUUAGUUACAUUAGUCAUUGUUAAUCACUGACCUUACCGCACCACUUCUGCACAGAUCAAAGCUCGUCAUUCAAAUGAGAGCUUUAAGUCAUGUCCUGUAGAAUACAUUUAUCAAUGAUAAGAUAAACGUUAAGGGUGCUUUGUAGGUUUUGUCGUUGAUAAAUGGGCCUAUAGUAUACGAUUUAAAGGCUAUAUUUUAAUGACAAGACGUGUGCUUUAACAUAUAAUUUUCGCAGAACGCUUAGGACGAAACAUGCUUAAAAUAUAUUUGUAAAUAAAUAAUAAUACUCAUUAUCAAUGUUAAUUAAAAUAAUGACUAUUAUUUCGUAAGGCUAAUCAAAAUUUGGUGGCUUUCUUAAGUUUAAGAGUUAACCAACCCACCUUAUGUAUAAAGUCUAUCGAUGCCAUGCCAAAAAAUCACUGUUAAGUAAAUAAUAGAAAAAAAAAAACUGAUUGCACGUAGAUAAUAUACCGAUUAAUCUUCCUAAAGUUUAUCGCUCACUACACAGGACCGCACUUAAGAAUUAUACUGAAAAAUUCAUAAAAGAGCUCACUUAUGAAUGUUGCAUACUUUCUGGCAUCGGUUGGAGUUUGAUAGUAUUGAGAACGACAUGGUUGUUUAGUUGAUUAUCAAUUUAAAGAUUAAUAAUUAAUUGUUUUCAGGCGCCCGAUUAAGUAUUGACGGCUCUUUUGGUGCAGUUCUGUGUGGUUUGCUGUGGUCCUAAUGACGACUAUUUUCGCCUGUUUAGGCUACUUCUAUGAAAUGUGUGUAUUUCUAAACUAUUUCUUAGUGAUAAAAUUGUUCGGGCCCAUUGUUACGGCCUUUUGUGCCGAUGAUGGUCGGGUAGUGUGAAUGUUGUUCCCAAGUCUGGAUAAAUAUUUUUCUGUAUCCCUAAUACAUGAAUAUUCUAUUUAACAUAUUUUUUUCAUCUAAACGGUUGUUUUGUUAAAAGUACUAAAACAUCCCAUACGCAUUAAACUUAAACGUGAAAGCGUUUAAAAUUUUCGAAUCGAAUUAAAUAAAGUAUUUAUUCGGACUUGGCUUUAAUUAAAUAUAUGCCAAGCGUCUACCUACUCGUAGCAUAAAGAUGCGCACACUAAAACUUUUAGGUGUCGAAAAUUUAUGAAAUCGAUCGUAGGCCGGUGCGGUGCAGUAUAGUGAGCGCGGACCUUUAUGCUGCCCUGUUUGUUGACGCUUGCUUUAAAUAAAGGAUGUUAAUUAACUUUACUAUUCUGAUUGAACUUUUUGGGAAUGAUAGAUAAAGUUAAGAAUUAUUACAUAGUAGGUAAGUGUUUACGAGUAUAAGUAACGUAACAAUGAUUCCUUGAAACACGAUCUGUACUGCAUUUCUAUACAUUACAUGGUGUUAUUUUCCACUAUAAAUUUGCGUGUGCGUCUGAAUAUGGAAGGAAGCUUUUCGUAUUUUGAUUUUUUAAAUUAUUAUAAAUUGUUUGAAUUUAGAGUUAUGCAAAUAAAUAAAAGUAUGUUGACUUUUUAUUCGAAAUAUAUUAGGUCAUGUACUUAUACGAUUAGCUUAGCUCUUAAUGCCAUUUGCUUAUCGGUGCAUUUUGCAUGUGACAAAAAAGUCUUUAUCUUUACGUUAUAGGCAUGAAGGCCCGUUUCGCAGUGGUGGUUUAGCUAACGAAGACAAAUGCGUCGGUGUGCUAAAGUCAUAAUAAUUAUUGUAACAUUUGUUGGCAUACAUCGCAUCCACCUUGAAAUGCCCAUAAGUAAGCUGAGGUAGUCGUAUAUUUGAUGUGACCUGGUUAUAGGAAGUUUCAUACCACUGUUUUUCUUGUCAAUUUUAUCUCGAUUCGAACGGAAGCAAACAGGAUUUAUUUAAUGUAUUGCUUCGUUAAAAUAGGCAUCUCUUAAUUUCACAAGCUGUUAUAUGUUUUGGUAAAUUAUAACUUAAGCUGUGGUCUAUUUGUUUUAUUGGAAAUUUAGCAAACAUAGAUACCAAAAGUAGUUAAAUUACUAAAACAAACUAUGCACACACAUUCCUGUGUUGUUGUGUGUUGUAACACAACUUGCCAAUAUGUGUGCUCGUCUUCAUCUAUAAUAUUUAUUUAUUUAUGCUAUUUAUAAAUUUCGACCAUCAAAAGAAGUACAAUUGUACCUACUUUGAAUAAACGAUUUUGACUUCGACUUUGACUUUAACUAUGUAUUUAAUGUGUCUAAAGCUUCAAUUCAAGAAGUGUAGUUCCAAAAACUAAAAUGCCAGUUUACGUUAAAUUUUUUCUGCCCGAAUAGUAUUCGCGAUUCGCGAUAAAACUGACAGUUGAAACGAAAAGUGUAUAACCCCCAUUAUUAGCGAAUUAGUUACUAAUUAAUUAUUAUUAUAUAUUAAUAAAUUACCAUUCCUAGUCUUAAGAGUAACUAAUCAUCACUGUCCGUCUAUGAAUUCCCGGAUAUGUUUAAGAUGUUUUUUUUGUUGCGGUUUUUUUGUACUUUUUUUGGAAACCCUGUAUCGCAUAGAUCCCUUAGCAAAUUAGUAAAAAUUGUUUCACGGAUAAAAGUUGGCUGCGUUUUCGUCGUUAAUAAACAAAGUGUUUAUUGUAAAGUCUUAUACAGAUUUUAAUAAAGAGUUUACAGAUUUUAAUGAGUUUUUGCGUCGAGCUAAAAUGCAAUUUUUUAUUAUUUGUGAUUUUAUUUUUAUCUAGAAUGGAGUUUCAUGACUGAGCGUGCGGAUCAGUGUAGUAGGUGAUUAUCUUUACAUAGAACUAAAAUGCAGUUUUUUUAUACUGAAAAACGACCACCGACUAAUAUUAAUAAAAGUUCAUGUGUUGUAAUGCGGUCCAGACUAGUAGGCGUUCAACCUAGGUUUAAAAUUUAUUUUGUCAGAUUUUUGCAGCCAACCGUUAUCUGUUGGGAUAAAAAUGGAAACAAAUAAUAUCAUUGAAAAAGGCUGAGGACACAAUUUUUAAAAUAUACAAUGUCUUCUAAACAGGGUACUUUUAUUUACUGUUGUGUACGUUUGAAUAGUGACGUUGUUAUUCGAUUUUGAACUCUCGUCUACUUGAUAAUGCGUUCCAAAUUCGAAUGGGGCUCGGUUAACUCAUUUUGAUUUAGCUUUUCUAUAUCUAGUAGUUCUGGAUCUUAAAAAACACUUGAUAUUAUUUCGUAACAUCGAUAUGGUUUUUUUAAGGAUAUGCAAAGAUCGUAGAAUAUUAUUUACUUAUUUAUGUAAAAUAUGUAAUCAAGAUGGCUGAAACUCAGUCCUAUUCUGAUUAGGAACGCAUGAACUACAAAGUACAUUUUCGUGGUGGCAGUUUGUUGAAAAGUUUUCUUAUACAAACUUAUUUCUGAAACCCGUUCCGGUUUCGGAAAAGAAAAACUAGCCUGUAAUCACUGAUAUCAGAAAACCAAAGAUACACAAUCCCUCAGAAUUGUGAUUCGUAAAAGUGUUGCUACUUUCUUGUAAAUCAGAUCCUACUGUGGUGGUUAAUCGUAUAAUCGUAACGUUAUAUUAAUGGCGACUUUUAUGAAAAUUAGAAGACCAGUAAUGAAAUUUUAAGUAUCUGCACAUCAUUUUUCGGAUUUAUAAAUGUUAGUCAUUAUGUGGCUAAUUCCGUUUUACACAAUCUCUAAACUGAAUUGGCUGGUCUAAAUCUUGUGCUAUCCUUUUCCGCAGGUAGUAUUAUGAGAUAGCAAUAUAUUUAGACCUGAUAUUUUAGUUUAGAGAUUGUGUAACAGAAUUAAUGACAUUGUUUAUUUAAUAUACAAUCUAAAAGAAUUAGUACGAGCAAGCGAUUCUUCUUUUUAGACGUUCAUUUUUGUGAGAGACUGUAUAUCUUGGGUUUUGUAUAUCAAUGCCUGUAAUAUAUGUAAUCAAAUAAAACGUUAAGCUAUGUUAACCUUAUGUGCAAGUUGUUAAUAUUCAUAUAGAAAAUCGGUAGCAGGUAGUGUGAUUUGACGAAUAGCAAUUGGUCAUGGAAAUUCUAACUUUAUUGACAAGACCUUAAGGUCUAAAGUGACUAAAACGGCCAUUGUGAUUCGCCAGGGUACACUGCUGACCACUCAAAUAGAUACAUGAACGACUUUAUGUGUUAGUUAAAUUAAAUAAAUUACCUAGUUCUAGCGGAAAGUUAAAUUAAAUGUUUUAUAGUCACUCAUUAUUUAUUUGUACAUGGAAAUCUGUUUCACUAAUGUAAAAUUAUAUAGAGAAAACUAUGUAGACAACCAAAAGAUCUGUUGGUAAAUAAAAUGUAUUAUAGUGAUAGGUGUAUAAGUGUUAAUUUCGAAUUCGUGAACCGGUGUUAAGUGUGAUUACAAUAUAUACAGGUAAAAUAACGCUGUUCAAACUCAAUGAAAUUAAAAAUUAAAGCAAUGGGCUAUAACAUUUUUUUUCACAUAAUAUAAUUCUUAAACUAUGAAAAAAUAACGAACUAAUUAAAUUUUUAAUCUGAAAUAAUAAAUAAAAAGAAAUUAGUUUAAAAUUUGUUCACUUGUUUUCCGAAUAUGGAUUUCAGUUUGUUAUUUGUAAUUUUUAAUUUACACGAAGACUUGCGCACAGUAUACCCAAAUGUACAUAAUAUUAUGUGAUUCCCGAACAUAUUGCAAUUCAAAAUUUUUUUAUCCAGUUGGAAAUUCCAAUGCGAGAAUACUAUAAUAUUAUAUUAAUACUUAAAAUUCUUAUUCGGGCUGGAGACGAAAUAAAUAAAUAAAUUAAAUUAUAAAAUCACUGAAUAAAAAUUCCGCUUUAUUAAAUUGUUCAGUUAUAAUGGCCUGUGGUGUAAUUUUUCCCACCGAAGACUUUCCUUAAAUUGGAGUGCCAAUAUUACGUGUUUUGUUUAUUUAUGUAACUUAGGGCCAGUUGCAUAGCAGGAGGUUAACGUAACGUCGCGGUUUUCGUUAAACAUUAAUUGCCACCAAUGAAAAGCAAUUUAGGUGACACAAGUCAGUAUUCAAGUUAGCAAAUCCUGGCUUUUGCAACCUAUUUUGUUUAUAUUGAAGUUUAAAGUUUAACGUUAAGCUUAUAGUAACUUUAACUAUCUGUUAUGCAACUGGCCUUUAGGCUGAGAUUUAUAGAGCGUACUUUGACUAAACUCAGACAUAAGUCGAGUUAAAACGAGAUAGGUAUAUGUUAAUCUGUCUCGUUUUAACUGUCUUAAGUCUGAGCAAAGGCAAAAAACCCUCUAUUGAUGUCAGCCUUAAUUAUAGUGUCUAAGGCCAUUAUGUCUGCUAAAGUAAAGGUUGUUGUAUUGUAAUCGCAUCAUAGUAUGUAAUUAUUUAUUAUUAUUAUUAGAUAGUCUGCAUUGCGUUUGUUUUUUCGAGUGAAGUGAAAAAACAUUUAUCAUUUUAUUUAAAAAUUAGUCAAGAUUAAAUAGUUUUAAGUACAUUAAAAAUCCAUAAUAUGAUUGUUUUUAAAGUAUUUAAUCAAAGAUACCUAGAUAUUUCUUAAAAUACUUGCGUUGAUCAGCUUCUGCUUUGGCAAGAUUUCUUUUCUUUUUGAUUUAUUAUGAUGAUAAAACCAGAUACAUAAAAUUGCUUCAAAUAGAUUUUUUUGAUUGAUUUUUUUAAUGAUGAUUAUUAGCGCAACGUAUACAGUUAACCGUUCUCAAUCUGAGAGGAGACCCGUGCUCUGUAGUGAGCCGGUGAUGGUUUAAUCAUAAUGAUGAUGAUUAUCGCAAGUGCAGCGCAGACUAUGCUAUGUGUACGUUAUCUUCCAUUAGAGUCGUAGUCGCUGUGAGCUACAUAUGCGUAUUAACAAUAAAUAAAUUAAAUAAUGAUUUCAA